CAUUACUCUGGUUUUGUUAGGGCCAGCUGAGGGACUAAGGAUGAAGCUCUUUUUUGCAGCUGCCUUUGCAUUCUUUGUGCUGUCUGCCUUUGAUAGGGUUGAUUCUUCUGCUUAUGACAAAAUAGUGACACACAGCCGGAUCAGGGCUAAAAAGGAAGGACCCAAUGUCUGCGCUCUCCAGCAAGUCAUGGGGACCAAGAAGAAGUACUUCAGUACUUGCCGUAAUUGGUACCAAGGGGCCAUCUGUGGAAAGAAAGCGACUGUACUGUAUGAAUGCUGCCCUGGAUACAUGAAGCUUGAUGCCCUGCGUGGUUGCCCAGCAGUGGCCCCAAUUGAUCACGUGUAUGGUACUCUGGGAUUGGUGAAGGCCUCCUCAAGCCAAGACUACUCUGACAUCUCCAAGCUGAGGGUUGAGAUUGAAGGAUCUGGAUCUUACACUUUCUUUGCUCCCAGUAAUGACGCUUGGGAUCUUCUGGAAGAGACAGUGAGGAGUGCCUUGGUCAGCAACGUAAACAUAGAGUUGUACAAUGCCCUGCACUACCACAUGUCCAACCAACGUCUCCUGACAAAAGAUCUGAGGGAUGGCAUGACUGUCACCUCAAUGUACAACGACCUGGGCCUCUACAUCAAUCACUACUCCAAUGGGGUGGUCACUGUGAAUUGUGCCAGGAUCAUCCAUGGUAACCAGGUGGCAACCAACGGUGUGGUGCAUGUCAUUGAUCGAGUCAUAACUGCUGUUGGCAACACCAUCCAAGAUGUCAUUGAGGUUGACGAUGAUCUGACAUCACUGAGUGCUGUUGCUGUGGCCUCUGGCUUGCUAGACAAGCUGGGUGAGCCAGGACACUACACCUUGUUUGCCCCAACUAAUGAAGCCUUUGACAAGCUGGACAAGGAUGUACUGAAAAGACUCAUGAGCGACAAGAGUGUCCUUCAAGCACUGCUGAACUUCCACCUCCUAAACUCUGUCCAGUGUUCUGAGGCCAUCAUGGCUGGCACCUCCUUUGAGACCCUUGAAGGUCACAACAUUGAGAUUGGCUGCAAUGGCGACAGCCUCACUGUCAAUGGUAUCACGAUGGUACUGAAGAAGGACAUUGUCACCACAAAUGGUGUCAUCCACCUGAUCGACGAAGUGCUCAUGCCUGACUCUGCCAAGCAGGUUAUGGAACUGGUGGGCAGCUCUCAAUCCACCUUCGGUGACAUGGUGUCUGAGCUGGGCCUAUCUGCAGCCAUGAGCCUAGAGGCUGAGUACACUCUGCUGGCUCCGAUGAACGCAGCCUUCACUGAUGAGGUUAUGUCAAUGGACCAGAGGUAUCUCAAGGUUAUUCUGGAGAACCAUAUUCUGAAAGAAAAGAUUGUGCUUGGACAGUUGUACAAUGGCCAGCGUCUAGAGACCAUUGGAGGGAAGUUCUUGAGGGUCUUUGUUUAUCGCACAGCUGUCUGCAUUGAGAAUGCCUGCCUGGUGAGAGGCAGUAAGGAGGGGAGCAACGGAGCUCUCCACCUGAUGAAGAUGCUGAUGAAGCCUGCUCAGGCAAGCAUGUUCCAGAUCCUCACUGACAACGGAGGCUUCAAGAUAUUCUUGUCCCUGAUGGAGGCUGCAGGCUUGACUGACCUGCUGAAGCAGGAGGGAGAUUUCACUCUGUUUGCCCCUAGUGAUAAAGCCUUUGCUGGUGUGGAAGACGGGGAUCUAGCCAUACUGAAGGGAGACAUGAAUGCCUUGAGGACCGUCCUACUUUAUCACUUCAGUAAUGGUGUCUUUAUUGGCGGAGGUCUGGAGCCUGGAGUGACCAACCUUUUGAAGUCUCUUAUGGGCAGCAAUCUUCGGGUGCUCUCUGCAAACAAUACUAUGCAGGUUAAUACUAUCAAGGUUCCUGAACAUGAUAUCAUGGCCACAAAUGGAGUCCUUCACUUCACAGACAGUCUUCUGUACCCUGCAGACCAGCCAGUUGGAAGCCAGGAUCUCCUAUGGCUCCUGAAAAGGCUCUUCAAGUACAUUCAGAUCAAGUACGUGUCAGGAUUCAGAUAUAAAGAAAUUCCCCUUACCUUCAUGAGGUCCUCUAUCACCAAGGUGACCAGGGUUAUUGAAGGUGAACCGUCUAUCACUAAGGUGACCCGGGUCAUUGAAGGUGAACCGUCCAUCACUAAGGUGACCCGGGUCAUUGAAGGUGAACCGUCUAUCACUAAGGUGACCCGGGUCAUUGAAGGUGAGCCGACUAUCACCAAGGUGACCAGAGUCAUUGAAGGUGAACCGUCUAUCACCAAGGUGACCAGGGUCAUUGAAGGUGAGCCAUCUAUCACCAAGGUGACCAGGGUCAUUGAAGGUGAGCCGUCUAUCACCAAGGUUACCAGGGUCAUUGAAGGAACCGACCUCUCUGAUUUUACCACUAUUCAGGGUAACCCUGAAGUGCUUGAAAUGGACCCUGACAAGAUAGCAAAAAUCAUUCAAGAGGGAACUGGUAGGCGGGUAACUGGGAGAAGAGUUCAAGCUGGACAAAGAAGGAGAAUUUCCCCGCAACCCACUGAGGAGAGAACAUAGAUAUCCCAGGACACUGACGACUUCACAAAAGUAAAAUACAGAGACAGACAGUCCUCAUGGUCCCCAUAGUAGGUCUACACUUACAGCUAUUUUGUGUUUGAUAUUCAGUAAUACUUGGUUAUAAUGGUGACACAAGCAAUUGUACGAGUAAUAUAAUUUAAAAAAUCACCGGGUAAUGUAAAUAUUUUACAAACAUUUGUGGUAGAUUGUGUUCAACAUUGGUAGAAAAAACGAAACUAAAUCCAAAAUAUAUAAAACCAAGCUACAUACUGCAAUAGAAAACUUACAAGGAGAUUUAAACAUGAAUGCUUUUUUUUAAAAGAUUCUCUAUUGAUCUCAGCAUGGUCAUUGUUUGUAUUUUGCUUCUUUUUUUUCUAAAUGUAAGAUUCAUCAAAUCUUUUUUUUAUUUUUUUUUUACAAGAAAUAGUUUCACCCUAAACUUCAUGCUACGUGUUAGUUUUAGAUAAUCAGUAUGGGUGGUUUUUGCUUUCACCACAAACUGUAUUCUCUGAUCAUGCAAACGUUUAUCUUUUACUUUGUGUUGUUUUAAAUAUGUGCAACAUUUGUUGAAUAAAAAUCUUAGCAUUUUUACUGUGGUUUGCAAACGUUUAUUAAUAAAGUGUAAUCUGUGUAAUGAA